CUUUUCUAAUGUUUCUGUAUUAUAUCUAAGUAUAUCUACGGUUGUUUAUUGACAACUUGAUCCUACUUUUAAAAGCUAAAUCAGUUUGUUCUGUGCAAUAUUUUCAAGAUAAUGUCAGCAGAGACAUCAUCUACUUUUUAAGUCUAUCCUUCCCACAGCAGGAAAGUCCCUCUCUUUUAAAGUAUAAUUAACUGGAUAAAUGUCUUUCAUCGUUCCUCCCUUUGUGUGAUAUUGCCAAUAAAGUGUUUAAUCUAAACAUGUGCUCAAACCCAUGCAAACUCUUUUAAAUGUGUUUUAAAUAUAUGUAACUCUGUAUAAAGCUAUCCUAAAGGUUCAACCUUGUACCAUUUCUUUAAACCCAGCCUGGCUUACGGAGGUAGUUUUAAGGUGUCCAAAAUAGAAGAUGGGAUUGCUUUGUGUAAGGUGCAUUUAAAAGCCAUUUUUGGUUAUGCUAAAAUACAUCUAUGUCUACUUAAAGACUCAGAGGAAUUAACAUAGAACCACAGAAUAUUCUGAGCUGGAAGGGACCCACAAGGCUCAUCACGUCCAACUCUUAAGUGAAUUGCCCGUAUGGGGAUCAAACUCACAACCUUGGUGCAAUUAUAGCACCAUGCUCAAACUUACUAAGCUAAUAGUUUGGGCUGAAAGGGAUUGAUCACUGUGGUGAUCUAGUCCAAUUCCCCCUUGCAAUAAGCAGGGGUGUCCAACCCAAACCAUUCAAUGAUUCUAUGAUUUCAGCUUUAUCAGAUUGCUCAGAGCCAAGCCCAAAAUUGACCUGGAAUUUUUCCAGGGAUGCGGACCUUUCUGGGCCACCGGUGCCAGUAUUUUGCCACCCUCACUGUAAAAAAUGUCUUCCUUGUAUGUACUCUAAAUCAACCUUUUUAGUUUCAAACUGUUAACUCUUGUCCUAUUGCUACAGGUCCUACUGAAAAGUUUGUCCCCAUCUUUCUCAGAAGCCUCUAAGUAUGAAAGCUCUCCCCUGAGCCUUCUGCAGGCUGAACAGCUCCAGCUCUCUCAGCCUUUCUUCAUAGAUUAUUUUGAACACUAGUCGAACACCAGAGUUCAGAUCUAUUAUGUUAGUCUGCUUUGCAAUUUCAGCAACAUUGAAAGAAAGCAGUUAAUGAUGCUGCAGUAUGAGCUCAACCUAGAGAACUCUUCUACUUCAACACAGUGGCAGCAGUUCUGCUGAUUGAUUCUCUGAUGAAUAAGACUAUCAGUGGUGUUUUUCAUGUACCCAGUAAGGAACAUGGCAACAUUCUUAAUUUAGAUCUAGUCUCAUUAAUGCUGGUUGGUUAGACUCCUCACAGAAAAGUGAGACUUUUCCAGACUGAGGACUUGGCCAUUUCACAAAGAGUGAACCGAUUUUUUACGUCCAGACAAAAUUCACAAGGUGAAGAACCUUUGUAAAAUCCUUUUAAAAUGCAUUACAGUGGAAUGUGGUAAGAGAGCUGGUGUUAGCUUACCCCUGCUGCUGUGCAGAAGAGGACUGACUUUUUAAUCCAGUCGUAACGGGGUGCUUAAACGUGGUGUGGAAAGGCGAGUCCGCUGUCCGCGCACCCGGCGCUGGCUCCACAGCACAACGCCUCGGCCGCUCUGCCCUGGGUCCGCACGGCGCCGCGCGCGCGGCACUAACGAACAGCCGCGCGCGGGGCGGGGGCCGCGCGCUGGGACCGGCCGGUGCGCGCAGCCCCGGCGGCCGUGGAGCCAUUUUCUACCCCUGUAAGUCGGAAGAGAAAGACAUCUGAGGUAAAACUAAAAAAGCUUUCUUUUGUCGUAUAAUUCAUAUUGCGGGAUCAGUCGUAAAUUUCACACUAACAGUUUAAAAGGAAGUUGUCUUUUACGGUAGCUGACACUGAUGAACGGAUUUGUGGUUCGUACCUUUAAUUUGUGACAGGAUCGCUACAAUCUGAGGCAAGACAGCAUGAGAUACUGGGUUUUCAAAAGAAAACGGCAUAAAGUCCACUGGUCUCACAAUAACGUCGUGGAGAACCGUCACUGGGGGUUCCUCAGCUUCAAAGUGAUUGAGCACGUUUUUGGAAACAUGACAUUCUCUCUGUUCUGCUUCUUUUUGACCAAUGUUACUUCUUUAUAAUUUUGUGAUCUUUUUGAACGUUGUCGAGUUUCACUCUGAUAAACUCUAUUUUGAUCUAAACUAUAGCAGAGCUAUGCGGAGGGGACACAACUGUAUCAUCUCAUGUCAAGUCUUGAUCUCCUUCAUCUCCUCUGUCUGGCUCCCACUAUCUUUUCUCCCAGGAAAGCAUAUUGUUGACACAAGAAUGGAGCAUACUACUAAGGAUAUUUUAUGGCUGACAUUUUAGAUAGCUAGAUACUUAACACACCUCUCAUUUGCUUUCACAAUCUUUAUGCAUUUCUACAACAAAUCAAUUCAGAAUUACUGUCCACAGCUCUGGAAAGUAUCAAAAAUAAUGUACAGCAAACACGUGGCUUUUUCCAGAUAAAUCUUAACAGGAAGUGGGUGAAAUGAACCACCACUGGCUUGUGUGUGCUAUGCCUCCUCCACCCGGUGCCACAGCACCAGGCUGCUAACAGUGGUAGCUACUGUGGUUCCUACCACAGCCAGUUUGUUUGCCUUCCGUGCAGUUCGAGACACCUCUUGCAAUAUUUGAUUACACAUUUAAAAAGACUGUGCUGCUGCUGAGGAGAUUGAGGCUGAAAGACCCCCUUCGUAGGGAAGGGGAACUGAGGAUGUGGUACUUUGCCAGGCUUUGAACUUCAGAGCAGUUCAGUCGAAGAGCAAGAUCAGUUGAGAGGUGUGUGAGGGAGAAGGAAGUUGAGUUAAAGGUAGGUGUGCUGAAUGGAGUAUGAGCAGAGCUGUGUGUUGCUGAGUAGGCUGUGUGCAUUUGUGCUCAGAAGCUGUCUCAGGAACAUUGGAUGAGCAUACUGCAAGAGUAGGAAGAUUUAUAAUCAAACUACUUUGCGCAAAUUCAGGGCACUGGUUUCACCCUCCAUUAAACAAGUGUCCUCAGAAUGCUUUGUUCUUUGUUCUACUUUAGUCCUUUCUGGGCUUUCCCAUUUCCUUCUUCGCCUGCUGAAUUUUCUACUUCAGCUUUUCAGGUUCUGUUUUGAUCUGGGGUUUGUUUUUUGUUUUAUUGCGUUGUGUGAUUGUGGUUUUGGUUUUUUGGUUUGGGUUAGGUUUUCUUCGAUUGUUUUUUCUUUGUUUGUUUGUUUUUUCUCCUAAUCAUAAUUAGAAAAAAAAUCACCUAAUCAAGUAUUGGAACAGGCUGCCGUGGGAAAUGGUGGAUUUCUCAUCCCUGGAUGUGUUCAAAAGGCAUGUGGAUUUAGCACUUGAGGAUAUGGUUUAGUGGUGAACACAGCUGUGCUGCCUUGACAGUUGGACUCAAUGAUCUUAGGGGUCCAACCAUAAUAAUUCUAUGAUUACAUUUCUUUUUACAGUCUAGAUUUUAUCCAACCAUAUUCUUGAAGUCUUUACUUCUCCAACCUCUGUGAGGCUAUUUGUGUUUUAUAUUUGUUCACUUUUUCUCUUGUUUUCUGUGAUUGCUUGUUAAGCAAUUCCGUCUUCCUCCACAGGUCUCCUUUCCCUUCUCCGUCCUAUUGCACAGUCCAUCUUUUCCUGUCAGUUCCACUUCUCUCCUCCUAAAUUCCACUCACAAAUUCUUCUGUUUCUUCGUUCUCUCACUCCAAAUACAUCAGCACAUUCUUCCCUACACAUCAGCAAAGACUUGGGGAACUUUGAGCAAGAAAAGUAUUUUUUUCAUAUCAGUGUCGUUUUGCCAGUAAAAAGGAACAAAAUAUUUCUCCUCCUUAUAGACCUGUCUUCUCCCCUUCUUGCUUUGGCAGCCAAAUAUAAUGCUAUUUCUCUUUUUAGGUUCCACAUUCCAAGAACUGACCUGCAUUAUAUUCAGAAACUUUCCAAAUAGCAAUGGCCAGACUGUUGCAAGAUCCAUCUAAACUUCAUCCCUCAGAAUGGCACACUGCAAACAGGAUGCAGCGUGCCACUACAGAGUCCCAGAAAUCCAGGUCAGAAUGCAACAUAGCUGAGAGCUGGAGGCUGGUGGAUGAAAUAGAAAAGACAACUCAAAAAACCCAAAGUGAUGUCAACAAAAAAUUAGAACAGAGACGGGAAGAAAUAAAAUUCUGGAGGCAAGAAUUAGAUAACAAACUGGAACAAAUUGUUCAUGGGACAGAGACACUGUUGACUUUCAAGAAAAGGCUGGAAAGAGCUUUGGAGGGCUGCAAAGAGCCACUUGUCAUUGCCCAAAAGUGUCUCCUGUACAGGCAGAGGCGAGUUGGGAUUGACUUGGUACAUGAUGAAGUGGAACAGGAGCUGGUGAAGGAAGCUGAAGUCCUCCAGGGGGUUAUUGCUUUACUUGGACGUACGCUGGAACAAACAAAUGAGCAAAUCAGACAAAACCGUUCAGCAAAAUACAACCUUGAAAUGGAUCUGAAGGACAAAUUCACAGCUUUGACGAUUGAUGAUUACUGUGCUAGCUUGACAAAUGACACUCCUCAUAUUAUAUAUGCUGAUAAUGCAAUGAAACUAGAAAGAAAUUUUGUUAGCCCUGAGGACUGGAUAGAUUUCUCAAACGUAAAUGUUGAAAAGGCUGACAAGCAGCGAAACAAUUCUUUGGCACUGAAGGCACUUAUUGAUGGCAUCCUCUCACAGACUGCAAAUGACAUGCGUGAGCAAUGUGAGAUGGUGAAUACUGCUUUUAGAAAUAGGGUGAAGGAAGUCAAGGAUGCCAAGCACAAGCUAGAGACACUUCUUGCAAUGGUGAUGGAUGAGAUUGCCUCGCAGGAGAAGAACAUUGCAGCCUUAAAGAAAGCAAUUGCUGAUAAGGAAGGACCUGUAAAAGUGGCUCAAACCCGCUUGGAAGCGAGAAACCAUCGCCCCAAUGUGGAACUGUGCUAUGACACAGUGCACAGCAGCCUAAUGAGUGAAGUUCAAGAGAUUACCAAAAAUAUUCAAAGAUUAAAGGAUGCAUUGGCACAGGCUGAGACAGAGCUGAAAGGCCUGAGCCGCCGACAGCUUUCCUUGGAGGAAGAGAUCAAGGUCAAGGAGAAUACACUGUACAUUGAUGAAGUGCUGUGCAUGCAAAUGAGAGAGUCUAUUUACAUAAAUGAUUACUGAAGUCAUCAUACUGGGAGAUUGUUCUCCAAAGAACCAGCUCCUGCUGAAAUUUGAUUGACAAACUUCCAAAUUUAUUGGCUUGGCCCAAUGCUGUCUAGUUGUGCCAGGUAAUUAAAACAGACCAGUACUUACAGCUAUCUGUUUCACAGCUAUCUAUGCUCUAAAACAUUUGUUGAAAUCUUCCACUUGGCAAUAAAACUCCAGAAUA